AUGCUUAGUUCCGCCACGAACAACUUUAUCGAGGAAAACCAGCUACCUAACAAUAUUCGAGAAGUGGCUCUUAUAGUUCUACAAUUUCGUGCAGAAAUUGGCUCCGAGGUUCAACUUUCAGAGAUGAAAGCGUAUGAACGAUCUAUCGUCGCAUACUUCCAAGAUUCUUACAAAAGCGACUUCAUUUCUGUUUACAUUCUCACCGAUUCGUUCAUUACCUCAGAAAUAGUGAGAGCAGGACUUACUUUGCUGCCAUUUCUUAUUAUUGGAUUCACCAUCAUGGCGACGUUCUCGAGUCUAACCUUCUCUCUGAGCGGAAUCGUCCAGAAACAGAUGAAUAUACAUAAGGUCAGUACUACUCCGAGUUCUUGCCUCAUCCAAGGCGUGAAUGGAUAA